AUGGCACCAAUUGGCUCGCUUCAUACCCUCUCUGGGAUCCCAAACAUUAUCCAUCCUAAAUCACGCCUUGCCAUCUCCACAGCAGCAGUAACGAACCAGGAACUCACCGUCCCACCAGGAUUCGAGUUCGGGAAAACGAACCGCACGCCCGAAUUUCUGUCCAAGUUCCCGCAAGGAAAAAUCCCGUCCUUCGAAAGCUCCGACGGCGUUCUGGUCACUGAAGGAAACGCCAUCGCCUAUUACAUUGCUGAUAUUGCGGCUGCUCCUGUUCGAGAACAGCUUCUUGGUGGGAAUGCUGUUGAGCGGGCCAAAGUCCAGCAGUGGGUGCAUUGGGCUACGCUGCACCUGUCGGUGCCGUCCGAGACACUACUCAGAUGGAGAUUUGGAUUCGGUGUCUACGAUGAGAAAGCUGAGGCUGAGAAGGGGCCGGAGUUUAAAAAGGCCCUGGAUUACUUGGAGGAUCAGUUGAAGGGUCGGAUGUGGCUGUUGGAUGAUGUGAGAGAGGGUAAGGAAGGGUUUAGUAUGGCAGAUUUGGCAGUUUCAGGUGCCCUGGUGGCUCCAUUCGUGGUUUACAUCGAUGAAGACAUGAGGAAGGGGUAUCCGAAUGUUGUGGAUUGGUUUAAGAGGAUGCAAGGAGUGGAAGAGUUGAAGACGCUGAUGAAGCUGGACUUUGUUGAGAAGAGAAAGGAGAGACCUGAUGCUUGA